ACAGGACUCGUUUAGACGCCUGGCUGGAAUUAGAGCGUCCGCUCUGGGUGAACCAGCAGCACUUUUGUCCUGCUCCUCGUUAUAGACUCUGAAAUUGGCACAUACAACAUGCCAGAUUUUGCUGGGAUCUGGAAAAUGAAGAGCAGUGAAAAUUUUGACGAACUUCUGAAAGCUCUAGGUGUUAAUGCUAUGCUUAGGAAAGUGGCUGUAGCAGCAGCUUCUAAGCCUCAUGUUGAAAUCCGUCAAAAUGGGGACCAGUUCUAUAUCAAGACAUCCACCACUGUGAGGACCACAGAGAUCAAUUUCACAGUGGCAGAGGAAUUUUAUGAGGAAACAGUGGAUGGCAGGAAAUGUAAGAGUUUCCCUGUUUGGGACAAAGAAAAUAAGAUUUAUUGCAAGCAGACUCUCCUGGAUGGAGCAGGACCAAGGACAUAUUGGACUCGUGAACUUGUGGGAGAUGAGUUGAUACUGACAUUUGGAGCUGAUGACGUGGUCUGUACACGGAUAUAUGUGAGGGCAUAAUUCAUGGGCUCUACUUCUCGAAAUGAUCUCCAAAACAAUUGUGUGACCUGGAUUCACAAAACCUUCAACUUGGUGUCUCUCAGUAACAUAGGAAUCAUUUUCCUGACACACCAAUCACCUGUUGCAUUUUUUAAGACAAAAAGUUUUCAUUCGCUUGCAAAAUCAGACUGUGUUCUUAAAAAUGGCUGUUUUCAUUUUUAAAAAGUGAAGGUUAUGAAUGAUACACUAUUCUGUAAAAAAAAUUCAGAGCUGCGAAGCAACAAUUAGAUGAAAAUGAUUCCUUUAAAAUGAAUCGUGUUCUAAAAUGGUGCUUAGUAUUUUUAUACACAAUGCGUGUUCCAUGUCCUUGUUAGUUAAGAAAGAAAUCCCAUGAAUAUCUGCACAUCUAAAAUAUAUUUAAAUUGUCUGGAUAGCUAUCUUUCUCGACCUAGUUUCUACCUGCAGGUUUGUUUACAUAGAGACAAGAAAUCAUAAAGGCUCUCAUGGAUUCAUGCAAAAUCCAUGUUUUUCCAUCCUGCCUGCUGUAACAAUGUCUAAAGCCUACAUUUUGUUAACCUUGAAUACGCUCAGUUUGAGGAUGAAUUAUAUUAAUCAAUAUACAUUUUAUAAUUCUACUUACUUCAUCUUCUCUGAAUUGCUACAACUACAAAUAUGCUGUCCCAUUAAAUAUAUACAUUGUGCACCACUUAAGUGCCUUUUUAAAAGGGUUGCACAAAAUUUGGCAAAAUAUAUAUCUUUGCCUCUAAAAAUAUAGCUAGAUGUAUACAGUACAUCAGAAUAUUUAGUCUAAGUUUAUAGUUAUAACACUUUACAGUUAUAGCAUUGAUAUCAUUGGAAACACUGAAAACUGUCCUAGAAGAGCUUACCAUCUCCUACAGAGUUUUGCACAUGCUUCAAUGAAAAAAGAAAAGGAUUUUCUCUACCCAUUAACAGAAAUGUAACACUACAGUCAUUUACAGGUAUACACAGGCAUUCACAGACAUCACCACCAAAUCACUUGACCCCACCCAUACUUUUCUCAACUGCCCACUAUUCUCCAUGAUAAAUGGACAGUUUGCAGGUUCUUGGUAAUCCUUGACUAGAGGUACAUCCUAACUUCAAAAAGGCAAUUAUAUGAGCAUUAUUAUAGAAUUGGAGUUUUCAUCAAGCAUCAUUAUAUUUGUAUUUAUAGUUAUGAUCCCUAUUGACUGUAAAUUAACCUUUAAGGCCGAAGACAACAAAAAAUUUUCUUAGCCUGUUUGUUAUCGGUCCUUUUGUCUGUUAACUUCUUUUCUAUGUUACCAAAACAGAACUCAUUUAUGAACACAGCUGUAAGUAUGGCCGUGCUAAAAUGGAUGCACAUAUUGACGCUAUUCAUUGAAAGGGGCGUGUCCAAACAUCCUCCUCACACUUCUGCCAAAUGACAUUGCACCAGACCAGUCUGUCUGAUGAAUUACAUGCAAUGGUGCCUAUUGACACAGAGAAACCAUGCAACUUCUGCCACACUGAAUGCAGCAAUAAUUACAGAUUGCCCACCGCAGGCUGCGUCAAUAAGUGCAGCAGACUUUUGUCUAAACAAUAACGAGAAAAUAUCAGAAAUGACACAAUUCUGACACUGACAAUUUUGACCACAAAUUGCAUCCAAUUUGUCAAAACACACUAAAAAUGCACUAUUGCCUACUUUUAAGGUAUCAGAUGUAAUUGUAGCAAGUACUAAUUUGCGUAUGGCACCAAACAUGUUAGAAUUCAGUAUGAAAAUGCAGCAUUGUGGGUAGAAUGUGGGUAGAAUCAUGGUGAUUUGCAUCCAAAACUGCACUUUGCACACUUAAAUUGUUUUGGUAAAUGACUCCUUCAUUCUUGUCUUGGGUACAAAAGCCUACAAAAAGAAAGGAAGAUAUUUAUAAGUAUACUGCUAAUAGUGAUGCUGAAUAUUUGCAAAAACAGCUCAAUGUGCAAAUGCUUUUAAGGCAUUUUUAUCUUCUGAUGUUUGUGAACAUUUAACUCAAUUGAAAUAGAAGGCGGAAAGUAGCAUAUUAACUCACUUUUCCAUUACUAUUUUCCAUAAUAUUCCAGAAACAUUAUAAAAAAAAAGACAUGGCAUUCAUUUUUUUAAACUGGUCUCUAGAUCAGCAAUGGUUAAAUGUCACAACAUUUCAAAAAUAGCCUUUUUCUCUCGUGAAGCAGAAACAUCCAUUGCUCUUAUCACAUUUAGCUGCCUCUUCAAAUUAGUUCACUCUAUCACGAAAAAUAUUCCAUAGAGAAAUUUCCAGAAAUUUUGAUAAAAAUAAUCUUUCCAAUGACUUGCUUAGUCAAAUUGCAUUUUUAUAGUGAAAUUUGGCUCUAAGUUUCUUUUAACCCUACAUAUUUUUAAUUUUCUCCCACUUUUCUUAGGGCAUAUUUUAUGCAUUCAUAACAUAACUGUGCUAUGAAACCUAGUUCUAAUGUCAAAAGAAUAGGUUUAGAUAAGCACUAGGAGAGUAAGCCUCAAAUAUUGCCCUUGCCUUAUGCAGUAAUUAUAAUGUCACAAUGUCACAAUGUAAAAUGCAAACGAGACCAACCAA